AUGUUCGGCAACCGGGAGCUGCUACCAUCUGAUGUAUCAGGAGAAGUCGGCCUCCACGAGGGCGCUCUGCUGACACUGAUCCGACUUCCUCCGCAGAAGUUGUGUACAGCCUCGGAGGAUGGAACCGCUCGAAUCUUCGAGCUGCAGACAGGGAAGACCCUUUGUGUCCUCGGAGGGCACUGCGGGGCUGUCAUCUCUGUGACCUUCUCAGAAGAUGGGGUGCGGGCGCUCACAAUGACUGCAACCCGCUCGAUCGCUCUUUAUGACACGGCCAUAGGGGUGCAGCUGUGGCGCUUGCAAGGUCCGGUGCAGGACGCUUGCCUUGCAGCCGAUGGGCGACGGGUCCUGGUCAUGGACUCCCAUUCGGUUGUCGGGCUUCUGGAUGCCAGCACUGGCCAGGUGAUGACGAAUCUUACACACCACGCGUACUACGUGUGCACAGCGGUGUUCUCACCAGGAGGCAAAGCACUGCUGACAGCUUCGGUGGAAGGCUCCGCCCGGCUUUUCGACGUGGAGUCUGGCCGUUGUCUCAUCACCUUCGAAAGCAAGUCACGCUCACCAAGCGGACGGAGUCGGGGCAUGACAGCCGCGGCAUUCUCUCCUGAUGCCAGCAAGGUCCUGGUAAGCAUCUUCGAUGGCUCGGCCGACCUUUACGAUCGCAGCACGGGAGAGAGAAUUUGCUCCUGCGUGGGGCAUUCCGAUGUGCUCCGCUGCGCAUCCAUGUCGCAAGACGGUGCGCAGAUCCUCACUGCCUCGAAGGAUGGCACUGCGAAGUUGUUCUGUGCAGAAACCGGCACGUGCAUAAGCACUUUCAAAGGCCAUGCGAAAGCCUUGUGUGCUGCCAACUUCUCACCAGAUCUCACCAAGGUCCUCACUGCUUCGCAGGACUAUUCUGCCAAACUUUUCGAUGCCAAGAGUGGAACAUGCUUGCAAGACUUUCCAGGACAUUCGGCACCAGUCCUUGGCGCCAGCAUGUCUGCUGACGGACGUCUUGUGCUCACUUGUUCUAGCGACCUGGAUGCCAAGCUCUUCGACAGCCAAACCGGGGAGUGCUUGCGAAGUUUCUUCGAGGAGCACGGCUACGUGACGUCGGCUCAGUGGGCUCCUGGAGGGCAGCAGAUCUUGUUGGCCUUCUUCAGCGGCAGGGUGGCGCUCUUUGAUCCAAAGCAGGACCAUUUUGUCCAGGAUUUCACUGGGCAUGUGGACUGCGUCCAUUCCAUGAAACUCGUGUGA